GGAUCAAGCUCGAUUGGGAAAAAAAAAAAAAAAAAAAAAAACCUGACCUAGGCUACCAGCCGGGCCGCCCGGGUCCCAGGUGACCAACGAGUUGCUGUCCUCGAGGAUACCGUGACGAUAUUGAAAGCUCGUCACGAUGCAAUGGUUGCAUGCGAGAAUGAGAAGAAAGCCGAAGAAGAAGGGGUGAAGCGUGAGAAGGCUGAAGAAGAGAACAAGUUGAAAGCGAAGAAGGAGAGAGAUGAUUUUCAUGCUCUCAUCAGUGCUGAGAUGAACACUAAAAUGGAUCGAAUGUUUGAAGUUGUACGUGGUAAGAGUGCCCCUACGCAGGAGCAGGAGAUUGCCAAAUUGAAGAAGCAGAUCGAGAAAUUGCAAAGUUUGCAGAUGCUGAAGAACGGUUCUACCUCUCAGACUAACUGGAAUGGCACCAGCUGUUCGGGCAACCAGGUCGCUCAGGACGAAGUCUUUGCUCGGCUCAUGCAAUCUCAGGAAGAGUUGAAGUCCAAGCUCGAAAAGCGAGUGGAGUCCAUUGAAGGAGAAAUUCGUUCGUUGAAACUGAUGAAGGAUGAAGCGACUGCUGAAGCCGAAGUUUGGAAGAAGGAAGCCCUUCGAACGGGCAACAAGAGGAGCCGGAUUGCUUUAUCUCCCAGUGCUCAGUUGAGGGCUGACUCUCGCUCCACGCCUGCGUGAUCUCCUUGUAAAGCUCCCAGUGAUCAUGCAUCGCUGGUGGAAUUACACAACUUGGAAGUUAACGCGUUGAAGGAAUUACGAU